AUGACAAGGCAGAUACUGACACCGAUGACAAGAGAGAGACUGACAGACAAGACAGAGACUGACAACGAUGACAAGGCAGAGACUGACAACGAUGACAAGGCAGAGACUGACAACGAUUACAAGACAGAGACUGACAAAAAUGACAAGGUAGAGACUGACAACGAUGACAAGACAGAGACUGACAAAGAUGACAAGGUAGAGACUGACAAAGAUGACAAGACAGAGACUGACAACGAUGACAAGACAGAGACUGACAACGAUGACAAGACAGAGACUGACAACGAUGACAAGACAGAGACUGACAACGAUGACAAGACAGAGACUGACAACGAUGACAAGGCAGAGACUGACAACGAUGACAAGGCAGUGAAUGACAACGAUGAUAAGACAGAGACUGACAACGAUGACAAGGCAGUGAAUGACAACGAUGACAAGACAGAGACUGACAACGAUGACAAGACAGAGACUGACAACGAUGACAAGGCAGUGAAUGACAACGAUGACAAGACAGAGACUGACAACGAUGACAAGGCAGAGACUGACAACGAUGACAAGGCAGAGACUGACAACGAUUACAAGACAGAGACUGACAAAAAUGACAAGGUAGAGACUGACAACGAUGACAAGACAGAGACUGACAAAGAUGACAAGGUAGAGACUGACAAAGAUGACAAGGCAGAGACUGACAACGAUGACAAGGCAGAGACUGACAACGAUUACAAGACAGAGACUGACAAAAAUGACAAGGUAGAGACUGACAACGAUGACAAGACGGAGACUGACAAAGAUGACAAGGUAGAGACUGACAAAGAUGACAAGACAGAGACUGACAACGAUGACAAGACAGAGACUGACAACGAUGACAAGACAGACUCUGACAACGAUGACACGGCAGAGACUGACAACGAUGACAAUGCAGAGACUGACAACGAUGACGAGGUAGAUACUGACACCGAUGACAAGACAGAGACUAACAACGAUGACAAGACAGAGACUGACAACGAUGACAAGGCAGUGAAUGACAACGAUGAUAAGACAGAGACUGACAACGAUGACAAGACAUAG